AUGUGUGCAGACAAUGGCGUCAACUCUUCUGAAGUUGGAUGUCUUCGUGAAGAGCUGUUUGAUCUCUGGUCAAAGAACGUUCAUUUAGAAGAGGUGAAUAAAAAAUUAACAGAUAAAAUCACUGAUCUGGAAACUGAAUUAGAAGAUGAAAAGAAAAAAGUUGAUGAAUUACGAGAACAAAACAAAAAUUUCAAAUCUCGUUCACAACAAAAAAUCGGCAAAGUUACUCACCAACUCGAACAAGAAAAAGCAAAACUUGAACAAGAAAACGCGAGACUCAAAGAUAAAAAUCGAUAUCUUGAGGGUAAACUCAAUAAACUUGAACUCGAAGAAGACCACGAAGAACAACAUUCCCCCGGCAAAAUACUAUCGACGACGCUUGUUGCCGCGUUUCAAGGCGAAAAUCCUGCUAAAAAUCUGAUUAAAUCCAAAGUCAGUGAUUGUAUCACAACUUCUAGCAUGGUGUAUAGCUGUAACAUUGAUGCGACUAAAGCGUAUAUCGAACUGAAGAAUCAAAAUGGGAUGAAGUUAGGACACGAGUGGGUUAUUAAGAGACAGCCAUUGGAGUAA